AUGACCCAAGGAACGCCGAAUCCCACCGAGGUGCUCAUCGCUCAAAACAAUCAGGUAAGAAUCAUUGCUGUGUUCUCCUCUAGGCUCAUUAUUUCAGAUGAAAUCUGAAAUGAAGGAAGAGCCGUCGUCUCCGACUCCGAACUUGGCCCCAGAAGCCCUCAGGCCGAUCCUCCCUCCGCCGCUCUUCGGCCAGUUCCCGUUCCCUCCGGCCGCGAUGGCCCAGGUCGCUGCUCAGAUGGCUCAGGCGCAGGCUCACGCCGCCGCUGCUCAGCACGCCAGUCUAGCCGGAUUUGGAGUUCCCGUGUUCCCACCAGGAAUUCCAGCUGUAAGUCCAACUUCCAUCUUGCCAAAUUAUAUCUUAAUCAUUGCGGUUUUUUAGGAUUUCAAACCGGAAAUGCUCAUGGCAGGUGGUCCGGGACCGAUUCCAUUUAUGCUCGGAGACGGACAUCACAUGUACCAUCCGUACGCGAUGGAGGGAAUGAAGAAGCGAAAUGCAACUCGGGAAGCUACUGCUCCACUCAAGGAAUGGCUCCAUUCGCACCGGAAGAAUCCGUAUCCGUCGAAGGGCGACAAGAUACUUCUGGCGAUGCAGACGAGAAUGACUCUCACACAGGUUAGUAAGAUACGUGGCAAUAGUGUGCAACACGGGAUACCAAACAGAAAGAGCACUUGGUCGUCGCCCAAUGAGCACGUUAAUCGUUUUGCAACCGUAAUCGCGUAACGCGUCAAAUUACUCCCAAAUGUUUGCUCAAUUUAUUAGCUGCUUGCGAUCCGGCUCCCAGUCAUCCGCGCGAGAAAAGUAUUGUUUUAGUAUUGGUGUAGAUUAGAGUGCGCAACACAGUCUCCCGCAGUGUUAUUGUAACAUUAGCGCGUUGUCUAUCGCGGGAUAGACACUGACCGAUGCGACGGAGAACAAAAAAAAAGGAAAAACUGCCAAGAGAUGGCCGAUAAGAGAUGAUGACACCCCAUCGCACCCCGCUUAAUUAAUGUGUUUCGAAAGAUGACAGUACGAGAAAUGUUUCAAACCAAAUAUCUGCUACUUGUCGCUCUGUUUGUUUGCCUUGUUAACCUUGGCGCCAAAAAACUAUUUGAAUUCAAAUUUUCUGCAGGUAUCAACUUGGUUUGCAAACGCCCGACGACGUCUGAAGAAGGAGAACAAGAUGACGUGGUCUCCGCAGAACAGGAGAGGCGACGGAUGCGACGACGACGACGACGAGGACGACGACGACAUGAACCGCCCGUCCAGCUCCACCUCGAUCAGCUCGGACCGCAAAGGAGAGUCGCUGCUCGGCAAACCGCACAUGGCUUCUCCGACGCCUUCUGGAGGCUCGCAUGGAUCCGACGAUCUGGUUACACCCAAGAAACUCUCAGAUUCUCCAUCUCCAGUCGGAGGCGCCGAGAGUCCGAAGCGCAAACCGAAGAUGUGGUCGAUUGCUGACGUCACUUCCGAUGACGAUUCAUCAAAGAAGGUGAGUUGAGAAAGAAAGGAGAAGAAGAACUUUUGUAUAGAUUUUAUGGUCUCGCUUCAAAUGGGCUUAAAAACGAGUAUGCGCGUGUUAUAGGCCGAGCAAAUAGACCCGCUUCUUGUAACGGCACAUUUUAUAGAGAUGUAAACUAGUAUGAAUCAUUUGUGAGCAAACUUUUGUGAAGAAACGCCGACAGCGCAUUUAUUCACAACAAAUAGUAUUGUGCAUUAGUAUAUUCUUGGGAGGCGAGGGACGGAAUAAUUGGAUAAAGUUUUUUUUAACAUUGAAUCUUUUGCAGUACCCAACACCUUCUGACGAGAACCUCGUGUCGAAACAGAUCGAGAUGCUCGUCCGCAUGAACCCGUUCAUAAUGCAGUUCUUCACCCAACACGCCGCACAAUUACAGCAGAUUCCAGUCCUGGCGCCACAAUUAACUCCACCUGUCGAAGGAGGUGAGCAGUCGAAAACGAGCAGGUGAAUUCUUCACUCUUUCUUAUCACCGCCCGACUGAUUGACAGCGGUGUGAACACCGUGUCCUCUAGAGAAUCUACAAGAAAAGUGGGAACGUAAUCCGCUUAAUUUCAAUUUCAAAGUUUUUUCCUGUACCUCUCUCGUGACAAGGGCAAUGUCUUCUCAAUCGGGUUUACAAAACCGGGCACAGCUCUCGGCUUUCUGCUCGUUUUUGUGUAAUAACUUUGUUCGAAACGCUCCCCGAGACCCGAGGGCUUAAACAAACUGACACUGACCCGAUGCGGAUUAGUGCGCCCCUCAAAAAGCGCGUGUUCUGCUCUUUUCCGGAAUGGGGGAGCAGCUCCCGAAUGAUAAAUUGCCGAAUUGAUCCGUUCGUAUAGUUGCUGGGAACCAUCCUGUCAAUUCAAGAGAACAUCUGUUAACUGUGGAAUGCUUUCAGGUCUGAACUCGCAGCCGGAGACGUUGACGCCAUCCCCGGCCUCUUCUCCAACAUCGUCUCACCGCUCCCACCAAGGGUAGAGACUCCCGCUUAUUAG